ACUGACGUGAAAUUUCUAGUUACACACGUGUUGUGUACAUUUGUUUACAUGCAGUUUUUUAAAUAAAUUUAUAUGUAAAUACCUUUAAAAUCUACAAAAAAUGGCAGACAUAAUUGACACAGAAGAAGAGGACCGAGACAUAGUAGGGCCAGAAGAGAUAGAACAAUUGUUUAGUAAAAAAUACAAUUUGUUAACAGAAACUGCAGUGUCGCUUAAGAAAUCGUAUAUAAAUAAGUUAGCCACAACUAAGUCAUUAAAAAUAGCCGUAAGCUUAGUAGACAACAGUAUCGAGGUAUACCAGCUGACCAACACGUCGCUGAACAAGGUGUGCAAGCUCAGCGGCCACAAGAAGGAGCUGACUGAUGUAGUGUUCUUGCAUAAAGAGGAACACCUUCUCCAUUCGUGUGGGCAGGAUGGGCUGGUGAAGCUGUGGGACACGAGGACCAGCGGGAGCUGUGUGCAGGAUUAUAAAGAUGAGGAAGAACAAAUAGUUCGGCCAUACCUGUGCAUGGACAUAUCCUGCAAUAGCCGAGUGCUCUGUGCGGGCAGCCAGACAGUGCAGAAUGAUGCAUACCUUGUGUUUUGGGAUCAGCGCGUCACCAAGCCUCUUGGCGGCUACUGGAACUCGCACACUGAUGAUAUUACUCAGGUGAAGUUCCACAAGAAAAAACCCAGCAUAUUAGCAUCUGGUGCUGACGAUGGACUCCUCAACAUCUUCAACAUCAUGGAGGCCAAUGAAGACGAUGCACUCACAUACUCACUCAAUGUGGAGAACUCCAUAGAGAAAAUCACGUGGCUUAGUGACACACAGGCAUCGUGCGUGACUCAGAGCAGCGACCUGCAGGUGUGGGACACGGAGCGCGGAGACCUCAUACGGAGCUACGACCGCGACAAGAUCUCCCGGACCAUCAAGCGCAGUCGCGGCGACGACUGCUACCUGGUGGACGCGCACCGCUCGCGCGACGGCGAGUGCGUCAUGCUGGCCGGCUCACACGCGGGCACGGGGAGCGUCCUCCGCUCGGUAACGGCUACAAGUAAGAAGCUGCAGCCGACCACCAACUUCGUCGGGAACAAGCAGGUCGUGAGGUGCUGCUCCUACAAUGCAGAGCGAGAUAUCCUGGUGACAGCGGGCGAGUCCGGCCUCAUCAGCCUGUGGACCACGAGCGGGGAGGGGGAGGGGGACGGGGAGGGGGAGGGACGCGAUCACAACGGCCUCGGACACAAGCUGGCCGGCUCCAUCAAGAAGAUGAGAACGUCUGUGGCGUUACGGAACUAUUUCCCGUUCAGUAUAUCGGUCGAGUCGUUCCUCGACCGGCAGCGAGUGCUGCCGCACGAGCAGGAGGAUGCGGCGCGUGCGCAGCAGGAACCGCCGCUCGAGCGCGGGCCCAAGUGA